AGGUCUAAGGGGAUGGUAUCAGAUAAUAGUGUCACUACAGCAAAAAUUGAAGGAUAGCUUAUAUUCAGCAAGAUUCUGUUGCUUGAAUGUAAGACCCACCCCAGAAAGGUGUCUUGGCAUUUCAGUACCUGUCCGUUAUAAAGGAAGAUGUCAAAAAUUGUGCUGAGACCAUCUCGUCUGGAGAAUCAGGCAGCUCAGCUGGAAUACUAUAGUUCUCCUGGGCUGCAGGAACAUAGUGAGGAGAAAAAAGAGGAGAAAGCUGUGUCAGAAAGUGAGCAGAGAACUCAGGAUCAUCAGCCCUCCAUCAUUCAGCCUCAGAAACCAGGUGGUAGUGCAGAAAAAGUCCAGGAUGGGAUCACUGAAAAAACAGCCUAUAUCUUUGGACAGAGAUUGGAUGAAAAGGUCCUCAAUGUUGAUUCAAAGAAAGAUGGACAUACAAGUGUCAUCCCUGUGCCAGCUGAUUCCUCUUCUUCAACAGAAGAUAAUGAGAAGACUGAGGAAUGUACAAGUAGUACUGGUGGAGGUGGUGAUGAAAAGAAUGGGAUGCUGUUCACUGAAGCAUUGAGAAAAGCCCAGCCCACAUUGGGGAAUCCUCAAGAUGACAAACAAUGCUCAUCUUCAGCUGACCAAUCCCCUUCCUGUUCCUCCUCAAAAGAUGUUGCACCAGUUACCACAGGGACAUCAACACCCAGGACAUUGAGCGAGAGUGCUAGACAUUACCAAGAUACCUGCUCAGCCCAGAAGCGCAAGUUUGAGGAAGUGGAGGUGAAAACAGGGGAAGAGGAAGAGGAGAACAUCCUCCAGGUGAAAGCCAAGCUUUACAUCUUUGAAGGUGGCAUCUGGGUGGAGCGUGGGAUGGGGACAGUGAGACUGAAUGAUUUCAAAAAUUCCUCUGCAUCUCGGAUUGUGAUGCGAUCCCAAGGAUCUCUGCGCCUGAUGCUAAACUCUAAAAUUUUCUCCAAUAUGUCUGUGGAUCGUGCAAGCACAAAGCAGAUCCGCUUCACAGCUCCUGACCUUGAAAACAAAACUGGAAUCAAAGUCUUCUUGGUCAAAGUCAGCUCUUCUCGUGAUGCAGAUGCUCUGGAAACCUGUUUGUCCUCCCGUAUUGACAAGGCCAAACAGACUGAUUCUGCUGUGGAGCCAAAACAUCAGAAGUGUGAAUAGCUUAGCCUGAAUCCCCUUUUCUCUUCUUGUUUAAAGCUAUUUGAUACUCUGCAUGCAUUCUAUCUCUGUUUUGGUUCAACUGAUAUUUUCAACCAGAGUUCGGCUGGAUUUUCAUCCAAUUAGGACUAGGGUUGAAAGUGGAGAGAAUGAGGAAGAAUGAGAGUGUAGUGUGAAGGUGUCAUUCUUGCAGCUCCUGUGAUACUGUAUCCUGCUUUGGAGUGGAUUUACCAUGUACUUCCAUUUCAAGGAAAUGAACAUCUUUGUGCCC